AUGUCUACAAGCAAUAGCCUCCGUCGCGGAGUUCCUAUAUGGGAUGUGGACGAAUUGCGAAAGGCUCGGAAAGACAUCCUUCAGAGGCUGUCUGAUACAGAACUUUCAGCUCUCGUUGCUGCAUGGUCUAAAACGGCUAAGAGAACAAGAAGAGACGACUGUUGCAAGUAUAUUUUGAAAGCCCUCGACGACACUGUCGAAGACUCUCUACGCGAAAAUGUGAACAGUGCACAAGAGUUACAAGGAUCGAGAUGUAAGCAGAUGCUAGAUGUUCUUAUCUCAGUGGGGGACUAUGAGAAGAAAUUCAGAGACGGGCUGCUUGGCGAGUAG